CGUCGUCAUCUUCAGUGUUGUCCGCCGGCGAAAGAGGGAAUAAGAAACCUGCAGCGUCCCUCGCUGGAGAGCAGGCCUCGCAUGCAUAAUGCCAACAUCACCCUCCCGUACCCUGCCACUUUGCUCGGAAACUCUGCAGCUGUAGCCUUGCACAGGGAGCAGUAAUCACCUCUUCCCAGCGCCUGCUAUCCCACUCGCGACUCAAAACAUGCGCAACCACCGUGCCGAACCCAAUUUGAGUGUCUUUGAUCUCGUCGCAUAAGAUUCCUCUCUUCUGAUCUUCCGCAUUCCGUUUCUUCCUUCCAGCUGUAGCGUCUUUGCUUUACUCAUUCAUUCUUAAUUCUCAUUCCAAUCCAUUCCAUACCAAGGAUGCUGCCUGUCAGAGGUCUCUUGGAUUUUAAUUUGAGGAUAACCCGUGAAUAAUGUACUUAGAGGAGAAAUAUGUGUUCAUAUUGGUGUUGAUUGCAAGGAUUUGAGCACUGCCAAUCUGUGUCUAUCGUGCUCCAGGGGGCACUCAAACACUGGGCAGAGCCCCCAAUUUGAGCCAGAGUGCUUUUAGUGCUCACAUUGUGCCACUGCACUGGCAAAAGAAAAGCAUUCCAAGGAGCAACUUUCCCAUUGUAUUUUCAUUGUACACUCUUUAAGAUGAGCUUCAUCAAGUCAGCCAUUAAUCGUAGGAGAAAAACUUCCAAUGGUGGUAAUCCUACCGAAACAGAUACCAAACCCAAGUCCUCUCAGGGGGCCCAGUCUUCCCAGGCACAGACCUCAGUGAGUGAGGAGCGAGAGGAGGAGAUCUCCCCUACCCCACCGGCAGUUCAGCCCAAGGGCCGUCGUCGCCGCGGUGCCUUCAGCGCCGAACCGUACACAGAGGAGGAUGCCACGUCAUACGUCAAGAAGGUGAUUCCGAAAGAUUACAAGACUAUGGCAGCGCUUUCCAAAGCCAUAUCAAAGAAUGUUUUAUUCUCCCACCUGGAUGAGACAGAGAGAAGUGACAUAUUUGAUGCCAUGUAUCCCGUCAAGCACGAUGCUGGCCAGGUGGUCAUACAGCAAGGAGAUGAAGGCGAUAACUUCUAUGUCAUUGACUCCGGAGAAGUUGACAUCUUUGUUGAUGGUGAGCGUGUCGUCACUCUGAGCGAAGGGAGCAGUUUUGGAGAACUGGCCCUCAUCUAUGGCACCCCAAGAGCUGCAACAGUCAAGGCUAAAACUGAUCUGAAAUUGUGGGGAAUUGACAGGGACAGCUACAGACGAAUUCUCAUGGGAAGCCAGGUACGCAAGAGGAAGAUGUAUGAGGAAUUCCUCACUAAGGUUUCAAUCCUUGAAAACCUUGAUAUGUGGGAGAACUUGACUGUUGCUGAUGCCUUGGAGCCAGUACAAUUUGAUGAUGGUGAGAAGAUUGUUGUACAAGGAGAACAGGGUGAUGAUUUCUUCAUGAUCAUUGAGGGCCAAGCAGCUGUUCUUCAGCGCCAUGGCAACGACUCAGACAUGAUUGAAGUGGGCAAACUAGGACCAUCGGAUUACUUUGGUGAGAUUGCCUUACUGCUAGACCGACCCCGUGCUGCCACCGUGGUGGCCCGUGGCCCCUUGAAGUGUGUCAAACUGGACAGACAACGCUUCGAGCGUGUUCUUGGACCUUGUCAGGAGAUCCUCAAGAGGAAUAUCUCCAGUUACAACAGCUUCGUACAGCUCUCUGUAUAGAUCUCAUCUCUCGUACUAUUCCUCUCCAUUCUCCAGCUUGCUCCCUCCAUCCGUAUCCCAUUCUCUCCUACUGUCUGGAAACCUCCCUUGCACACCCCAUCAUGUCCCUUCUCUCUAUUCCAAUUCUGUUUGUCUCUCUCAGUCUCUCCUUCCUAGUUUCCCUCUGAUCACUUCUUUCUUCCUUUCAUAACUCCUCUUGUUCUUCCUCUCUUUCUCUUUAAGAAGAUUACUAAGGUUUGUCUUCAUUUUAAUUCAACAAUUAAGAGGGUAUGGUGUAGGACUGUAGCUUCAGAGAUCCACAGUGUUAUGUCAUAGGGUCCCCUUCCCAUGUUACGUUACACCUCAAUUGUCUGGUUCGGAAGGUUUCAUUACCUCUGAGUACAGACCCUCUUAUUAAUUGCCAUUAAUGUGGUAAUAGAGGUUGAAUAUAAAGGUAGUUUCUAUGGUAUUAAGGUAUUUUUAAACCCAGGAGGGUAGCUCUAGCAUUGAUCAGGGUAGCAUGUCAUGAACAAAUAGUCAGUGACAUUGGCCGACUAUUUGUUCAUGAAAUGAUACUGCAAAUCCUUGCAUCUGAUUUGCUAAGAGCCAUUUAGUAAGUGAAAUCACUGACAAAACUGUUCAUGAAACUCCCCUUGUAAUACUCUUGAUUGAUUCUCUAUUAUUAUGGGGGGCUGCUAUGGAGCUGUGUUAUUUUUAAUCUGCGUGUACAUUAUCCCACGACAGAUAUGCAUCUCAUGCUUUGCAGAACAGUAGUAUGUACAUUUAAUUAUGCGGAUUACAUUGAGGCAGUGCAGGAAACGCCUUGUGUCCUACAUAUUCCAAAUCAAAGGAUUCUAGGUAUUGGAUAUGCCAUGAUAUACUA